AUGACCAACAUUACCGACAUUGACAAAUGCAAAUGUUCUGCAAUCAGCUCAAAAAAAAAAGCCCUAAAGACUUUACUAUAUAUUUUCAAGAGAGUAAUGACAUCUCCAUUGUUUAAUGAAGAUGACAUUGUAAAGGAUAUUAUUGUUCAAAGUAACAGACAUUUUGAAAGUUUGCUGCUAUUCAAUAAUUUAGUUCGUUUUAUUUCAAUAGCGGACCGAAAAAAAACUUUUUUUUUAAAAAAAAAAGAGGUCUUUGUUGAUUAUUUCAAAUUGUAUGUGUUGGUCUUUAUUAUGCAGCAGCAAUAUUUGAUUCAGAUCUACAACAAAGACUUGUAUUAUUUAUCUAUUGAAAAAAGGGAGGUCAAGUACAAGUGUACAUCAUUCUAAUGUAACAUUGAAAGCACAAACAUAGGUCUAGCCUUUUGUAUUUUUUUUUUUUUUGGUAAAUAUGAUAUUUCUAUACUUUAUCAUAUGUUGGCUUUUAUUAAUUAUUUAUUCUAUUAAUAGUGUAUGCUUCUUUUGUAAAUGGAAUACUUUUCUGUUGAUCACUUCAAUUGCUACUAUUUUUUGUUUUGUUCUGUAUGAUAAUCCUUGCAAUCUCUGUGUUCUUUUUCUUUUUUUUUCCC